AGAGGAAGCGAAAAUGCUCUAUUUCCGCUGCAGCAGCGAGAACGGGCACGUCAAAAAAGAAAGGAAAAUGUGGACAGUAAGGACAAACUGAGGCCAGAGAAGGAACGUCGAACUACGCAUAUCGUCUCCGUUGGGCUCGGUUGUCAGCAGCUCGGCUAGCCAGCUGAAUUAGCUAGCUUGCUAGAGAUGGGGACGAGAGCAAGCCGCCUACAGGAAGACCCGGUUCCCUCCGCUUUCGGAAAAGAUGGCACAAAGCGGGAUUCCUGUCGGCGACCCCGCUGUACCAGGCCCACCAGUCUUAUGGUCGACUUCUCUGGGAGCUUCGAGGACACCGAGGCCAACCGGAGCCGAUCAGAGGAGGGCAGCGACUCGGACCUGGGGCAGCACGGGGCGAGUGCCGACGGUAGCCCCGCUGACAACCACAGCAUCCCCUCCAGCAUUAGCCAAGCGUCACCUGCGGACGACAACAGCAGCGAAGGGAAACCCGAAGAAGACGGGGAUAUAAGCCCGGAGCCUCCCGUCGUAGCGGAACAUCAGCAAGGAGAGGAGACAGGCCGCACGCCCCACCGCACUUUUUCCGAGCGGCUUCCCGGGAAUCGACACUCUUCCACCCGCAGCGUCGGCGCAAGGUCCGCCCGGGUCCGAGGCACACACCAGCGGCCGGUGUCAGAGGCUUGGGUCGGCCUUUACCGUGUUAACAACCGCCAUGGCAAUAUCCGCUGUCCUUUCUGCUCGAAGCCUUUCCCAGGGGGUCGGAUCGAGGAUCACCUGUUGAGUUGCCUCACGUCUCCUCCCCUACCUUACAAUACGGAUGUGCUCAGUAAAGACAGCGGAGAGUGUUCCAUCUGUUUGGAGGAUCUGCUACAGGGAGAGACCAUCGCCAGGCUGGCUUGCCUCUGCGUCUACCAUAAGAGCUGCAUUGAUUCCUGGUCCAAGGUGAAACCCUGCUGCCCCGAACAUCCCUUUGAUUGACUCGCGGAUCACAUGUAUUCUGCACAGUGACCAACCCGACUCAGGAGACAACACUGAAUCCCAAUAAAAUCGGUAAUUGAACAAAUAAAAGCCAACUGUCCUUCUCAGACGCAAACCUAUUUUUGACUGGAGAACAGACGAUCCUAAGAGAAAGCUCCACUUAGCAACACCCGGCGCUCUCCGCUUGGAUCAGUCUAUUUGAACUUGUUCUAGGACAUUUCAAGCCAACGGUAAAAACAGCCGCUCCAUCUAAUAUCUGAUCGAGACCCGUGUUGGAGUAGAAGUGGAGGAGGUUCCCUUUCUAUGUAACGGACUUGGCUUGAAUCCGCGGAACAAAAAAAAAAUCUCAAAUAAACAUUAUCAUCCCAGAACGAUGGAACUUUCCUCAUAAAGAUCUUGAACUUGGGGAGGAACAAAGAAAAGUUGUUUUAACUGUGACUCUGGAUCCUCUCCUGUGUAAUUCUUCUCCCUCCUAAUGGGAUUGGUCAUUUUUAUCAAGUAUUUUGCAGAAAGAGUAUUGUUCCAUGUCAUACAUUGAAUGAAUGUUUUCUUUCCUCGGCUAACCCCAAAUGAACCAACCUCACACUGAAAGCGUGAACUGUUACCACAUAAACAUUGCUUUAUUUUGAACAAGCUGGAAGUUGAGGGCUUGUUUUUGGUGAAUGGGGGCUGCCGUUAGUAGGUGUUUUCUUUUUUCUAUUACCUGUAAACAUUUCAGUGGGAAUUUUGGGGGCUAAUUGUUUUUCUGAGUAGGUCAGUUUUCUUGUAGGUGGUUAGUUAGCUCUGAGUUUAAUGUGCUGCUACUUGCUGAGUGUUUAGGAGGGUUGUAGGUAUUUCAUAGGGCCAUAGUAGCACUGGUGUACGCACCAAUUCGAGCACUUUUGUCCUUCAAGGCUGUUUUUUUUUCUUUUUUUUUCUCUUUUGUUUUUUGGGUCACAUAAGGUGUGUGUGUGUGUGUGUGUGUGUGUGUGUGUGUGUGUGUGUGUGUGUGUUCAGAUGAUGACCAGGGACAGGAAAUGUCCUGAGCAUGACUGUGUGUAAGUGUGUGGCUUUGUGUGUGCGUGUGUGUGUUUACUGUAAAUUGCCCAGAAGUCUGCUUGGUCAAGCGGGUUACCCUUUUCAUUUUUAAUGCUAGCAAAGCAUGCUAGCUGGCAAACAUCCUCUUACAUGUGGCAUUGGUACGCAACAUGGCGGCUCAUGUGGUCCCGUUGUACUUUGAAUGCGGUUUGGGAUUUUUUUUUUUCCCACUGCCCCCCUCCUCCCUCUUCAUUCUCAAACACUCUCUGGGGUGUAGUCCGGAUUUUUUUACCAGACCCCAAGCGACAGUUUUGCCAUCUGGUUACAUGCCAGAUCGAGGAGGGGUAAAGGGACGGCAUGUUUACACCAUGUGGCAUCUGCCUCUCUUUCCAACACUGGAGGCUAUGUAUAGCUGAUGGUUAAUUAUUACAUAACUAGCCCCCACCCCACCCCUUUCCUUUUUUUUUUUUUUUUUUUUUUUAGGAUUUUAUAUAUUAUAUCAUCACAUUAUGAUCAUGAUUAUUGCUAAAUGUGUUAAAUGGCUUUCCUUUGCCUUUUUGUGUGUGUGUUGAUUGCCUUUGCCUGGUGAAGGGGUUGUUGUGCAAGCAGGUAUUUGUGGUGUUUUUAAGGCUGAACUGAGGUGGAAGCCCAACAGUAAGGCUGCUCAGCAGAUGCUGUCUGAUACAGGUUGUACACAGGCCAGGGUAAAGUGGGAAAGAACAAAAACAUGAAUUGAUUUGCUUUUGCUGCCUGCUCAAAAGGCGAGUCUGUUCCAUGUGUUUUAAUCUCUAUGCUAGGUAUGGAUCAGUUUAGAGGUCAGCCCGGUGCACAGGUUUCCUACUGGCUAGUUUGUUCACCCCAGCCUCUUUUUUUUUUUUUUUUUUUUUUUUUUUUUUUCACCCCCUCUCUUUUCUGGUCCCUGUUAUUCUGCAGUCUGAGGUGCUACGAGUUGUUCCGCCACUAGAGAGCAGCUCAGUGCAUGUUUCUCAUUUUUUGUAUUGGGGAAUAGAAAGAUAAUGCCAAAAGUCUGUUUGUGCAUUGGGGGCAUUGUGUGAAAGAGUGCGGAAGACGAGGUGCAUUGAUCAUUAGGUGUUACAUUUGUUGUGGUGAUAAGUUAUGAUGUUGUAUACUUUGGCUGGGAGGGGUGGGUGUGUGUGUGUGUGUGUGUGUUUGGGGGGGUUUGGUGGUGGUUGGGUUGUCGAUAAAGAUAAUAGACAAUCUAAAAACCCCACAUUACUCUCAUUUUCUUUCUGCCCCCCUCUAAGCUGUGUGGUGCAAUACCUCAAUUUUUACCAAUGCUAACCAAUGUUAAUACACUCUGUGUAAACUAGCUCCUCUCCAACCAAGGGUGGUAUUUUGUAGAAAUGUCCCUAAAUCCUCAGUUUUGAAUCGCAGGGCACUGAUCCCCUGUCUGCCCUGUGCUUUGAGGCAGAUGUAUUAGAUGAAAAUGUUUUUCAAAGAGUCACCACAGCGGUAUCUGCAUCCCCAAGAUAUGGACAAUCUGCCUUUUACUCUGGUAAAAAAACAAAUUGAAUUUUAUUUAUUAAAUUGUAAAUAUGUAAUGAAAUUCAAGAAAAUGGCUUGGUCUUUGUCUGUUCAGUAUACUGUUUCUAAGCUCCAAUCUUUUGUAUGUCUCAGAAAUUGUUUUUAUAUGUAUUUUUUACAAUAAAUAUGUGUGAGAGA